AUGAAACUGAUACAGAACCUCGUCUUUGCACUUCUUCUCGUCGUGCCGCUUUCCGUUGCAAAAGCCGGUGAAAAGGACAUUGUUGACACGGCAGUCGGCGCCGGUUCGUUCAACACCCUCGUUGCUGCAGUCCAGGCCGCAGGAUUGGUCGACACCCUGAAAGGUGAAGGCCCCUUCACCGUAUUCGCGCCGACGGACGAAGCUUUCGCGGCGCUGCCGGAAGGUACAGUCGAGAACCUUUUGAAGCCAGAAAACAAGGACCAGCUUGUUGCGAUCCUGACCUAUCACGUCGUCCCGGGCAAAGUGAUGUCUUCUGAUAUCGCAGGCAAGAAAGCUGAAGUUGCUUCUGUUCAGGGCGACAAGAUCUCCGUGGACGCAACCGACGGUGUCAAGGUUGACGGUGCGAAGGUUGUGACAGCCGAUAUUGAGACUUCCAACGGUGUCAUCCACGUGAUCGACGCGGUCAUCCUGCCGAAGUCCUGA